AUGAAAGGAUCUGAUAAAAUUGAUUUUGAAAGUGUAAAGAGUUCAUACCUAGAAAAAGAUUUAAAGAUAAAAAAUAAUACAUAUGUAAAAAAUUUAAAUAUAAAAAAUGAUAUAAUUCUUGAAGUAAUGAAAAAUAAAAUAGAUGCAAAUUGUUUAGACAAUUGUUCAUUUCAAAAUUAUUCAAAUAAAAAAGACGAACAAAAAUUCCAUUACAAUCAAAGUUUAAUAGAAAAAAGUGAUGAAAAUCAUAUAUUACAACAACUUGAUAAUAAGGAACAAUAUAAUCAUUUAGAAGAAAUAAAUGAUAAAGAAAAUGAAGAACGUUUAAAAACUGAAAAAGUUGAAGGAGAUUCAAAAAAGGAAGAUAUUGAAGAAAAUGAAGGAUAUCAAGAAAAUAUUGUAUCAAAGGAAAAUGAGAAUUUUACAGAAGUAAGUCUUAUAAAUAAAAUAUCUAAAUUUGUAAAUAAAACGAAAGAUGCUUAUAGUUCAUUGAAGGUAGAUAAGUUAUUUUUAUGCCACAAUAUAAAUGAUUUAAUUAAUGAUAGGUACAGUGAUAUUAAUAUUGAAUAUUCAAGCGAUAAAAAAAAAAAAUUUAUUUAUGAAAACAAAAAUGAAGAAAAUGUAACAAAAAAUGCAAACAAAAAUUUCAAUUUGGUGAAAAAUAUAGAAGAUAAAAUAAAAAAUAAUAAAUCAACCGUUUUAAAGAAUAUUUAUAAUUCUUUUAAAGGAACCUUAAAUGAUUUUAUAGAUGUAUAUUUAGAAAAAGAUAAUGAUGAUAAUGAAUCAUUAUAUGAUAAAAUAUAUGAUACUAAUAAAAUGGUUCAUAAAACAACAAGAAAAAAUAUAAGUAAAAACUGUGAAUUAAUAUUAAAUAAUCAAGCAAAUAAAAUUAAAAGCAGAAAAUCAAUAAGCGACACAAGUACAAUAACAAAAAAAAAUGUAAAGAGUGACAUCAUUCAAGAAAGUAACCAAAUUAAUAAGACAUAUAUCUAUGAUGAAAGAAAAAAUAAUAAAAACUUUAGUGUCAAAAAUAAUAUGAAAGAAAAAUUCAUUGGUAAAAGUGAAAAAAAUUCAAACAAUGAUAAUAAUAUUUAUGAAAUGAAUUCAAUAUAUAAUAAUAAAACAUUUGAAGUCAAAAAAAAUAAUACAAUUCAUAAAAUCAAUAACGAUGAAUUAAUUAAUGAAAAAGAUAUAAAUUACAAAAAACAGUUAUCAAAGGAAAUGAACAAAAAUAUUAAUUAUCAUAAUAUAUAUGAAUCAGACAUAAAUAAAUUUGAAUAUUCAGACAUAAUAUCACACUAUUUAUAUAAUAAUGAAGAUGUUAAAAAUAAAUGUUCUACUAAAAAUAAAUAUGACAUUAAAAAUGGAUAUGAUUUAAACAAAAAAAGUGUCACUAAUAAUAUUGACUAUAUACAACAAAAAAAGAAAAGCAAAAUUAUUGACGUUCAAACUAUUGAUAAAAAUGUUUUUAAUAUAUCUUCUCUUACGCAAAAAUAUAAAUAUAGAUCUAAUAUAAUAUUAACUAUAAAUAAAAUUAAAAAUAUUGAAAAAGUAAUUGAAAUUAAUAUAAAUAUCACAGAUAUACAAUUGAAAAUACCUGGAAUGAGAAUUGAAAACGUAAUAUUGCCUUACAAAUAUUCUAAUGAUUUAUUAACAAUACAGAUAAAAACAUUAAAUGAAGAUCAUGAGCAAAUAGAUGAAAUAGAGAGGGAAAAAAAUGAUAAAAGCAAAAAUAACUUAUCUGAAGAAUACGAUGAAAAUAUGAUAAAACAUCAAUUAAAAGAAGAAAUAUCUUCUACAAUAAAGUAUUAUUAUUUAUUUAUACCAUUGAAUAAUAUAAAGGAAGAAAUAAUAAAUAAACAAUUAAUUCUAAUAACUUCAAAAUAUAAAAAAAUAUUUGAAAAAGAAAAAUUAUUACCAGAUACAAUAUAUUUAAUACAAUCAAAAAAUAUGGAUUCAAUGAAAGAGAAACAUUUGUAUAUUUCUAUUAAAAAAUGUGUUAAUGGAAUUCAUUUUUAUCCUAAUCUAAGUGAAAAUAACUUCAAUAAUUUAAAUAAAAACAAUCUUUUGGAUACAAAAGAAAGUGAUCAUAUAUUUAAACCAGUUUAUGUUAGUUUAUACAAUGAUGAAGUAGAUAGAGAAAUAGGAAAUAUAAUAAAUGAAAACAAUUUAAUUAAUAAAAUAAAAAUAAAUAAACUUCCCGAAAAGGGGUAUUAUAUUAUAAAUAAUAAUUAUCUCCAUUUUUAUUUUAACAAAGAAAAUGUUUUAGUUUGUAAUAAUAAUAUAAAUAAUAAAAUUGACAAAAAUCAAAGUAACAUUGAAAAUGCUAGUAAUUUCUUUAAUUUAAUGUCUAAUGAUUUUAUAAGCGUAAAAAGUUGUAUAGAUUUAUUUCCAUUUUAUAUUUUUCCGUCACUUGAAGAUGUUGAUUAUUUUGAUUUCAUGGAGAAAAAUCAAUGCAUAAAAUUAAAAUUUAUGUUACAUUUUCUAGCCAUAUUGGAACUUAUAUGUACAAAUUUAUGCUCAUUUAUGAAUAUAAGCAUCAAGACCCAUUCACUGUUUUAUAAUCACAUUAAAGCAGUUCAGAUAGAUGAUGAAAAUAAUGAAAGAAAAUAUUUUACCUUUUUAUACACAUCACAUGAUGAAAAAAGUAAAACAACCAACUAUUCCUUUAAUUAUGUUAAACCAUUUAUUUUUGAGUUUAAGAAUGAACAAAAUGUAAAUGAAAAUGAGGAGAAAGAUAUCUCAUUAGAUGAAUUAAAUAAUAACGAUAUAUUUAUAUAUAAUUAUGCAAGAAAACAAUCGUUAUUUUUGUAUAAUAUAAUUAAAAAUUAUGAAGAUAUAAAAAAUAUAAUAAAGUGUUACGAUGAAAAAAAACAUAUUUUCUAUACAACUGAUUAUAAUAAAAAGCAUUUUCAAGAUUAUUAUAUUAAUAUUUUAUACAAAUAUAAUAAAUUAAUUGGAGAAGGAAUAUACAAUAAAGAAAAUGAAUAUAAGUGUAAGGAUGGAAUAAAAGAAACCAAAAUAACAGAAAAAGAAAGAAUAAAAAAUAAUUUAAGACAAAAAAUUUUAGAAAAAAAUAGUUACAACAAUAUAUAUCAAAAUAACUAUAAAAAAUUACCAGAAAAUAUAUACAUUUCAGACAAUUUUUUAACUAGUAACAAUAAAAACAUUUUAUUAAAACGUGAAACUAAAAUAAGCAAUGAAAAAAUAGAUUAUAUAAAUAACAACGAAUUUAAUUAUCGUAAUAAUGUUGAUAAAAAAUAUUUUAUAAAUGAAAUGGAGCUUAAAAACAAUAACUUAUUUAAUGAGAAGGGUAAAAUAGAAGAAUAUAACAAUUCUGCUUUACAAUUUAAAAUAACAAAUAAUAACAAAAAUAACAAAAUUAGGAAUAUGCAAAAUAUAAAUAGUAAAACAUAUAAUAAUCAUGAAAGUAAUGAAUUUGUUGAUUUUAAAGAAUAUAAUAAUUAUCAUUUAUGUGGUAAUAAUAGUAAUAAUAUGAAAGAAGAAAAAAAUAACACAGUUAUAAACAUACAACAAAAUAAGAAUGAUAAAAAAGAUUUAAAUUAUAUUAACAAUAGAAGUAAUGAAAAAAAAAAUAAUACAUUAAAUAUGGAUAUAUGUAAAAUUAAAAAUCAAAAUACUUAUUUAGAUCAAUUUAACACAAGUAAGAAUGAAGAAAAAAAUAAAUUAGAGCAAAAAAAUUAUUCUAAUGAUAUAUUAGAUGUUUUAUAUGAACAAAAAAAAGAACAAUAUAUGUAUAAAAAUGAUAUUUCUAGUAAGGAAUGCAUUAGACAGAAGAUAAAUAAUAAUUUAGAUUUUACUUCAGAAAAAUUAUUAUUAGAAUCAUAUGAUUAUUUUAAUGGAAAUGAUAAUAAAAAAUUUGUAAAUGAAAAUAAAAUAGAUGAAUAUGAAAGUAUUCAAAGCAAUGUUAUGAACUUCAGUGAAAAUGGUAUAAUUCUAGAUAGUUUUACUAAUGAAGAUGAAAAUAAUUCUAUUGAUAUGAUUAAUAAUAGUAUAAUAAAUAGUAAUAUGUAUGUAGAAAAAAAUACAUAUCAUAAUGAAAAUGAUGAAAAGAAAGUUAAAAUACUAAAUUUUGAAAAUUUAAAAAUACAUAAUGAUAACAUUAAUGGUAUUAAAAAAAAAUGCAAAUUAAUUCAAAGGAACGCAAAUUGUUUUUAA